UCUUGCUCUACCGUCGUACGCUCAUACCCAAGUACCAAAUAAACUGUACUGAUUCGUGUUUCUGCUCCUUCAAACCAGAUGGCACCCGAUAUCCAGACCCUAUUGGGCGCCAACCCAUCUGCUGAUUCCAUGACUGUGUUUCUGAAAGAUCUGGCACAACACGCCAGCGCGAGCUUGACAGCUCCCGAAGUGAAAUCGUAUUCAGAUGCGGUCUACUUCAACUAUUAUAUCCUAGGGAUUAGCUUCCUCUUUAUCCCUCAAAAGGGGUAUAAGCCCACCGGGGGGCUGAAGCGCGAGCACCUUAAAGAUGAUUCACUAGUGCUUGACAGCAUUAACAUCUACAACGCCCCAAAGCCUAAGGCGACUCCCGAAAAAUCAACGACAUCCAGUCGAACAGCAGAGCUCGCCUUCUCUACCUAUCCCAUGUCAAAGUGGAACCUGUCUAUCUCACCUGAGGCUUCGGCAUCCAAUGAGUCCUCGAUUGAGAUCUCGCUCACAACAACUGGUAAAGAUUUCGUCAGCUGCCUCGGAGAACCUGAUCGGAAAGGCGGUGGUGCUGGGCCUUCGUCUGGAUCGAUUGGCAUUUGGUGUGAGUGGUCGAAGCACGGAAUUAUGGUCGAGUUUGGAGGGGAUGAAGCCAGAGGACCACAAGCCUGGGAACGUGGCAAGGAUGCCAUGUGGAGGGUCAUCACGGUAUUUCCUCCGAAGCAGGAAUAGGCUCAAGAAGGCUCAGUCUGAGCUAGUCUCCCGUAGGCAGACCAUAGACGAAGCAAGAUAGCUGCUCGUUCUGCGUUGCGGCAUGGCAAAAGGAAGCUGCCGCUAACGCGUGCAAGUCUAUAUCAUUGUCUGCC